AUGCUGCAAAAUGUUCCACAUCAGAUUGUGCAAUCUCCAGCCAGGCUAGGCCUUCCAAAUCCCAAUUCACCAUCUCUUCAAAACCCAACACCUCCUAAAUUCACCUCCCAAACCUCACCAUCUCUCAAUCCCCAUCAAUCCUCAAAUCAGUCAAGCGCGACUCAUGUAUCCUCAACACUCCUUCCUCUCCUCCCGCCUCUCCCUAGAGCUCAAUCUCUUCUCUUCCGAAUGGCAUCUCUUGCCUCAAAACUUUUUGAAGUAUCACCAAAUAGAUCUCAUUGGCUCAGUGCCUUUCGAGGUUCCCUUCCUCCCUUUUUGUCUUCCCAAACCCAAUCCUUGGCACCUAUUCCACCAGACUCAUCUCCUUCAUCCACCAAAGAAAUCAUUGCCCAGUUCACAGCUCUGCAAACUCAACUCUUUGAAGCUGUUGCUGAACUCCAAGAGAUUCUUGAUCUUCAAGAUGCUAAACUGAAGCUCGCUCGCGAAAUCCGGUCCAAAGAUUCCACAAUUCUCGCUUUUGCCAAUAAACUUAAAGAGGCUGAGCGCGUUCUUGAUAUUCUUGUAGAUGAUUAUUCUGAUUAUCGCCGCCCUAAACGAUCAAAGGCGACAGAAAAUGCAGAAGGUUCUUCCACAACUACUGUGGCAACUCAGCUGAAGUUAUCAGAUAUAUUGUCCUACGCCCAUAGGAUAAGCUACACAACUUUUGCACCUCCAGAAUUUGGUGCUGGACAGGCUCCUCUCCGGAGGGCACUUCCUCCUGCUCCACAGGAGGAGCAGUUGCGCGCAUCACAGUUAUAUAACUUUGCCGAUCUUGAUGUUGGUUUAUCUAAAACAGAUGAAGGUAAAGAGAAAACAAUUGAACCAUUCAUUGAAACCCCAACUGCACAGCCAUCGGAAAGCAAUCCAUUGGCAAAUCUUACAGCAAUUCCGGGUUUGCUUCCUCCAAAUAUUGUGGUGCCAUCAGGAUGGAAACCUGGGAUGCCUGUGGAAUUGCCUACUGAUCUGCCAAUUCUUCCUCCACCUGGGUGGAAGCCUGGUGAUCCAGUCACAUUGCCUCCAUUUGAUUCCCUUGCGGUUCCACCAAGGGCAGAGGAGCAACAAUCAAGACCUAUCCCUCCUCCAGGCCUGACAAAGGUACCAGAGUCGAUACAGGUCCGGCACGUGCAGCUUGACAUCGAGGAUGACAGUAGUGAUUAUAGCAGUGAUGUAGCCAGCUCUGACAGUGAAGGUUGA